CAAUUAAAACCUACACAAAAUUUUUAAAGACUAAUUAAAUUUCUCAAUGAGUGUUCUUCAUUUUUAAUAAGAACAUAUGAGUUCAUGUAUGGCAGAUACUUCUUAAAAUCUCAAGUAUUUAUUAGUUUAGCGUUGUUACUGUAUUUUUAUACUUUUUAUACAGUGUUAUUUACAAAAGCGAAAAUAUUAUUAUGCACUAAAUUUACACACCUCAGUAAUUUAUGUGGGUAAGAAGGUAAAAAUUAACGAACACCAAAGUUCAAUUUAAAAAAACAAAAGUAACUCAGACAGAUUCUAAUUUAAAUUGUACACAUUGGAAAACUUCUUUCACUUGUUGACUUCAAUACAUAAAGGAAAAUGGGCGAUGCAUCCCUUGACAGUUCCGAUAAGUAUCUUCUCGCACAAAGGGGUUAUACAAUUCACCGUAGAAUCGGUGAAGGCUCGUACUCGAAGGUAUACUCUGUCUCAUACCAGACAAAGGGCGAUAUGGAGGAUGAGUUCCCAAAGAAUCUCAAGGUUCAGCUUGCCUGCAAGCUGAUAAAAGCAGAUAAAAUGCCAAAAGAAUUUGUGACCAAGUUUCUUAUAAGGGAGUUGAACAUUCUCACAAAGCUCAGCCAUCCUCAUAUAAUACACGUCCACAGCACGUUACAAAGAGGAAAUAAAUACAUGAUAUUUAUGAGGCAUGCUGAAUAUGGCAAUUUAUGCGAUUUUCUCAUCACUCAUGGGGCCUUAAGAGAGAAAGUGGCAAGAAUAUGGUUGAGGCAGAUAGCUGUUGCUCUGAUAUAUCUCCAUACGUUGGAUAUUGCCCACAGGGACAUAAAAUGUGAAAACAUCCUUAUCACAGCAAACCACAAUGUCAAGCUGGCCGAUUUUGGUUUCUCCAGAUUUUCCGUGGACCACAAGGGAAAGCCGCUUUUCUGUUCUACCUACUGUGGUUCACUUCCGUAUGCCUCUCCCGAGCUGUUGAAAGGGAUUCCUUACAAUCCAAAGCUGUCCGACAUAUGGUCACUGGGCGUCGUGCUUUUUAUAAUGCUCAACAGAAUCAUGCCGUUCAAAUCGGACAACCUGACUGACCUGUGGCUCUCGCAAAUGAACAAAAAUUAUAAAUUCAAAUCUCAGGUUCUCAAGACGACUUCUCCAGAAGCAGUGACCAUCGUAUCACUCAUGCUCGAGCCAAACUGCCACGAACGAAUUACACUGGAAGACAUUAUCAAAUCAAAGUGGAUGGCUGCAGAACCAAAACUGCUCGACUUGACAGAUCUUGAGAAAAAAGCAUUGGUUCAAGCUCAAGAAGUAAGGGAAGUCAUCAGGCCUCACAAAAUGGCAAAAUCAUCCAAAGAAAUAAGUAAAGAACCGCAGAAAAAGGCCCUCCCUAAAAAACAUACCCUAAGUUCUACUAGUGACAAGGUGUCCUCGAUGAAGUUUGAACACGAAGAGAAAAUAGAAGAUUCUCUAUUUAGUGAUCAAAUAAUUAGAAGUGAAAGUGAAGACUUUACAAGUACCCUAAUUCCCAAAUCCGCAUCAUCAACAGGAGAGCAUUUCUCUGCAGAAGAAGAACAUUCACCAAGUGUAUCAGAAGACACACUUAUUUAAUACACCUUUGAAUGGUGAAGCAGAAAUUAUGAAAUUUCAUAAUUACAGUGAUUCGCCAUUUCAUGCAGUGAAAGAUUUUUUAUAUA